UCGGGCUGCGGGUGAGCAGGACAGGGGACCGCACGGCCCGGCGCAGCGGCUCCUGCUCCCGCGGGGCCCGGGUGAGCUGCGCCCGGCCUGGGUGUGGGAGGGGCGGCCACGGAGCCGGGGCCGGGUCGGCGCUGCCCGCGUGGACGGGGACGCUCGCGUUCUCGGCGUCCGGUUCUGCGGAUCUGUCGCGAACAGCAGCAAGGAUGGCUUUAAAGCGGGCCUCCGCCUACGUUCACGUGGCCCCUGCUAGACGCCCAUCAAAAACAAACCCGGACGGACGUACAGACGGCUCGCAGGCCCUGGCCGAAGCCCUUUCCCGAGUCCUCACUGCGUAGCGCCGAGAGGCAGGCGCCGUUAGUGCGCAGACCGCGCCCCAACUCCCAGGAGACGCCAGUGACCUGCCAAGGCCGCGCGGCCCGCAGGGUGUCCGGGCCGGCCCGGCCCACGCCGCGAUCCCCUUCCAGCCUUCCAGCUCGUGGGAUCCUGGUCACACCUCCCGUGGGCUCCAGCCUUGGCUGCUCGGUGGAGCCAGCCCGUGAGAGCACGGACUCGCAGUCUCCCUGUUACAUUUGCUCCCAGACAGUCUCAGUCCUGACGCGGGUCAGGCCGCCGUCAUCUCCGGAUUACUGCCGUAGGGUCUCCCAACGUCCACUUUAAACGUCGUCCUUAACCCUGCAGCCAGUACGCCUUUGUCCGCUAUCUUGGUGUUUCCAGAGGAGAAGCUCAGGGGGAACUAUCAGGAAUAGAUCCUCUUUCUGAACGGGGACGGUAAAAUGGCCCUUCAGACAGUGGGACUGCCCAGAGGUCGUCUGGCAGUGAAGGUGGAGGAGACGGAGAGGGACCCUGUCUGUCCCCGAGAAUCCAGCCUGUCAAGAAACCACUCUCCUACCAGAGAGCUCUUCCGCAGACGCUUCAGACAGUUCUGCUACCAGGAGACCCCGGGGCCCCGCGAGGCCCUGAGCCAGCUCCGCGAGCUCUGCAGACGAUGGCUGCGGCCCGAGGCCCACAGCAAGGAGCAGAUCCUGGAGCUGCUGGUGCUGGAGCAGUUCCUGAGCAUCCUGCCCGGGGAGCUGCGCGCCUGGGUGCGCGAGCGGCGCCCCGAGAGCGGGGAGGAGGCGGUGACUGCGCUGGAGGAGCUGGAGCGGGAGCUGGAUGAGCCUUGCCCGCAGGUCCUAGCCUGUGCACAUGAACAGGAAGAGUUUGCAGAGGAGACAGCAACUCGGGGAGCAUCGUGGGGCCAGGUCCACACCUGGAAGGAGCACUCCGUGCAGGAGACCGAUGACAAGGCUGGGGCUUGGAACGUGGAGGUGGCCCCAGAGAGGGGCAUCUCUGGAGACGGAAGGCCCCUGGGAGACAUGCUCGGAAGCCUGAAUGGCGACCCCGCCCCGAUGCCCAAGUGUGGAGACACCCACGGGCACGAGGGCAGGCUGGGGCGGCCGCGGGGGAGCUCACUGGCCGAGAGGCCCUACGCCUGCGGUGACUGCGGGAAGAGCUUCACGCAGAACUCCAUCCUCGUGGAGCACCAGAGGACGCACACGGGUGAGAAGCCAUACGAGUGUGACGAGUGCGGCCGGGCCUUCAGCCAGCGCUCCGGCCUGUUCCAGCACCAGCGGCUGCACACAGGCGAGAAGCGCUACCGGUGCAGCGUGUGCGGCAAGGCCUUCAGCCAGAACGCUGGGCUCUUCCACCACCUCCGGGUGCACACCGGGGAGCGGCCUCACCAGUGCGCCCAGUGCAGCAAGAGCUUCAGCCGACGCUCCGUCCUUGUGAAGCAUCAGAGAAUUCACACUGGAGAGAGGCCAUUUGCCUGUGAUGAGUGUGGCAAGAACUUCAUCUACCACUGCAACCUGGUCCAGCACCGCAGGGUGCACCCGGGCGCUGGCUCCAGCCGGGCCCUCCGAGCGGGUCACCAGCACGAGGCACGGUAGCAGGCACCACCUCCACCGCGUCCCUGAGCCAGUGGUGGUCUGAGCCCAGCAUGGGAGGGACGGCCAGGUCCCCGAGCUUCAGGCCGAGAGCCCAAGGUUCGUGUGAUGUCAGAUUCUGUGUGAAAGCUUGGCCCUGCAGCCCUGAGCAUGACUUCAUGUGCUGAUUUCACCGUUCAUGAUCUGCACACCUGUCUCACCUGUGGGGGCUCUCCAAUGCACCAGGUCCUGCACACCUGUCUCACCUGUGGAGGGCUCUCCAAUGCACCAGGUCCUGCACACCUGUCUCACCUGUGGAGGCCCUCAAGUGCACCGGGUCCUGCACACCUGUCUCUCACCUGUGGGGGGCUCUUUAGUGCACUGGGUCCUGCACACCUGUCUCACCUGUGGGGGCUCUCUAGUGCACCGGGUCCUGCACACCUGUCUCACCUGUGGGGGCUCUCUAGUGCACCGGGUCCUGCACACCUGUCUCACCUGUGGGGGCUCUCUAGUGCACUGGGUCCUGCAUGUCUGGUCUCAUGCUUACAUGUUCCUAGGACAGUGCCCUGUUACUAAACCACUCAAGCAUUAGAUAUUGCCAAGCAUAAAUUACAAGCUUUGUUACUGGGGUUCUGCUUUAGGCUCAGGGAGCCCUCCCAGCUGCGUUCCCCACUUGGAAGGGCUCGUCCCACUACACUUCACUUGAAGCACUUUAUUUUUGUAAUUUUUUUUAUAAAGAGAUUUUUGGUGUAGGGCACAUGCGCUCACCCAAGAGACAGAGACACAGAGAGAAAGGGAGAAAUC